AUGGCACGUAUGAGUGCUGCAAUACGUGCAGCUGUUUCCUUUGAUUUAUCUGUUCCAGCACAUCUCAUUGCCUUAAUUUAUGGUAGUGCUUUAUUGGAAUAA